AAAUAUUUUUUUUUUCAAAUGUUGAGUUAAUUAAAUUUUAAAAUUAUAUAUAUAUAUAAUUAUUUAAUAGUUAUUAAGUAAAAAUGUAUUUUGGUUUAACUUUUGGUAGAAAGGUAUUAUUGAAAAAGGCUGAUGUUUGGUUAAGAUGCAUGUGCAGUGUUUCUAAAAAUGAUAUAAAACCUUUAGAAUAUAUCCGAAAUAUUGGAAUUUCAGCUCAUAUUGAUUCUGGUAAGACUACUUUAACUGAGAGAAUUUUAUACUACACAGGCAAAAUAUCAAAAAUGCACGAAGUUAAAGGAAAAGAUAAUGUUGGAGCAACAAUGGAUUCUAUGGAGUUGGAAAGACAAAGAGGCAUCACGAUACAGUCAGCAGCAACGUAUACAAUAUGGAAAGAUCACAAUAUUAAUAUUAUUGAUACACCAGGUCAUGUAGAUUUCACUGUUGAAGUAGAAAGAGCUCUGAGAGUUUUAGAUGGAGCUGUUUUAGUCUUGUGUGCUGUUGGUGGAGUACAAAGUCAAACAUUAACUGUUAAUCGACAAAUGAAACGUUACAAUGUUCCAUGUUUAGCCUUUAUAAAUAAAUUAGAUAGACUUGGUGCUAACCCUUUUAAAGUUUUAGAUAACAUGAGAUCAAAAUUAGGACAUAAUGCUGCUUUUUUGCAAUUACCUAUUGGAAAAGAAAGCAAUGUUAAAGGUAUAGUGGACUUAAUUCAUAGAAAAGCAAUCUACUUUAAUGGUGAUUUUGGUGAUAUUAUUGAAUAUGGUGAGAUUCCAGAAGAUAUGAAAAAUCAAGUUGAAGAAAAGCGAAUGGAAUUAAUUGAGCAUGUCUCAAAUGUUGAUGAAAUACUAGGAGAGAUGUUUCUUGAAGAGAAAACUCCUUCAGAAAAGGAAAUAAAAGAAGCUAUUAGGAGAACUUGUAUAAAAAAACAAUUUACCCCAGUUCUUCUUGGAACUGCUUUGAAAAAUAAAGGUGUACAACCUCUAUUAGAUGCUGUUUUGUCAUACCUGCCAAAUCCAGGCGAAGUAGAAAAUUAUGCUCUUAAAGAAACUGAUAAUGGAAAAACUGAGAAAGUUCUGCUAAAUUCGAGUAGAAAUGGAAGUCAUCCAUUUAUUGCCUUAGCAUUUAAAUUAGAAGCUGGUAGAUUUGGUCAAUUAACAUACAUGCGAUGUUAUCAAGGAAAAUUAUCCAAAGGAGAUACUAUUUACAAUUUUAGAACUUCAAAAAAAGUUCGUUUAUCUAGAUUAGUUCGUUUACACGCUGAUCAAAUGGAAGAUGUUGAUGAAAUAUAUGCAGGCGAUAUAUUUGCACUAUUUGGUGUAGAUUGCGCAAGUGGUGACACAUUUAUUUUAGAUAGAAGGUUAAAUAUUUCUUUGGAGUCAAUCUUUGUUCCAGAUCCAGUUGUCUCUAUGUCUAUUAAUCCAGUUAACACUAAAGAUAGAGAUAACUUCAGUAAAGCAAUUGCGCGCUUUACAAAAGAAGACCCUACUUUUAGAUUCCAAUAUGAUAGCGAUAACAAAGAAUCAAUUGUUUCAGGUAUGGGUGAAUUACAUUUAGAAAUUUAUGCUCAAAGAAUGCAAAAGGAAUACAAUUGUCCAGUCAAUUUAGGUAAACCUAAAGUUGCAUUUAGAGAAACAUUAGUAUCUCCUUUUGAGUUUGAUUAUUUUCAUAAAAAACAGCAUGGUGGACAAGGUCAAUAUGCUAGAGUUAUUGGUAUUUUAGAACCUUUGCCUCCAAAUGAAAAUACAAAUUUGGAUUUUGUGGAUGAAACAUCUGGCCCUAAUGUUCCAAAACAAUUUAUUCCAGGAAUUAUUAAGGGUUUUAAGAUGAUGGCUGAAAAGGGUUUAUAUUCUGGACACAGAAUAUCUGGUGUGCGUAUGAGGUUGUUAGAUGGGGCUCAUCAUAUAGUUGAUUCUAGUGAAUUAGCUUUUAUAUUAGCUACUCAGGGCGCAAUCAAACAAGCAUAUGAAGAAGCUGCUUGGCAAAUAUUAGAGCCUAUAAUGGAAGUUGAAGUUGUUGUCCCUACAGAAUUCCAAGGUCCAGUUAUGGGCCAAUUCAAUAAACGUAGUGGUAUUAUAAGUGGAAGUGAAGGAACAGCAGAUUGGGUGACAAUAUAUGCUGAAGUACCAUUAAAUAGUAUGUUUGGUUAUGCUGGAGAACUGCGUUCAUUAACUCAAGGUAAAGGUGAAUUUAGUAUGGAUUAUGUAAGAUAUUCACCUACUACUCCAGAGACACAAGAAAAAGUAGUAAUGAAUUAUUUAGAAAGCACAGGUCAGCUUCAAGCAUACCUUGAUGCAAAGAAAAGUAGUAAUAAAAAUUUAUGAAUAAUAUUAAACACAUAGUUGAUCUUUAAAUUUGUUAUAAUGCUGUACUGUUAAGUUACAACUGAUUGUAAUAAUUUUGUACAUAGUUUUAUAUUAAAAAUAAAUAAAAUUUUGAGUAAGGUA